CACCACUAUCUCCAAGCCCAGUGCCGCCCCGCUCAUCCUGACCGGAAGCUGGAGGACCUGCAACAAGUCACAUGACUGCUACGCUUACGGAUAAGGUGGACAUCACAGUCCCUUAAUUGUGUUCCUGCUGCCAAGACGGGGGCUCAUUGGGAAGCUAAUGCAGUCACGUGACGACACAAACUGACAUGAUUUCUCGGUUAACACGUGACAAACGUGUGUACAAAAAGGCUCAAGUGUGGCUUGAAGCUAAUUGCAGCGUUAGCAUACACGGCUAGCACGAUAGCGACGGUGACGAAUGGAUUCCUACCGCAGUUUAUGGCUUACGUUUUGCCCGUUGAGGUGGAACAAAACCAGCGACGGUGUCUCCCCCAAUAACAGUCAAUUGGAAUUGAACCAAGUGCACGACAAAACAGCCAAAUGCCGCACUUUCUGUCAUCGGCCGUCACAUCCGGGUUGGCCUGGCAGGGACCAUGACGUCACGGGAACACACGGGCAUGCGCAGUAGUGGCAGUCAACAAAACCAAACAAUAAGCCCGUAACUAAACGUCCAUGUUGUAAUGCACAGCUACACUGUAUUUUCCUGGCCACUCACUGACGAAAAAAGGAACAUAUUAUUAUUAUUACUAAUUUAUGAAAAAUGGGUACAUUUUCUUUUUGGUGUCUGAAAAUAUUUGUUCAUAUUUGCUUGUCUUACAUUCCGAAAGGGGUUCACGAUUCAACAGCGAUAUGAGUUUGUUAAGCAGAGGAGCCUGUCCAGUGACGUCACAACAGGAAGCAGGUCAGAGGUCAACAUUUGUCCGGUCAAUGAUUGGCUGUCAUUGAUCGGUGGGCUAUUUUCAGGUAUCUUUCUGCAGCUAAACUUUCAUCUUUGUUCUCUUGAACGUAAUCCUCUGUGCAAAUAUUGACUCUCUUCUUCGCUGGCAGGUUAGCUUAGCGUCCUAUUUGAUCAUAUCGUUUGCCUUGCUAAGUGUCUGCAGCUCACUGGAUAACACAUUGAUCACCUGAUCACUGACACGACAGCUGAUGCUGAGACAACAAGCGAUAAUAACAUGCUAACUUAACAUGCUAACUACACGAGCUUAAACUAAGCUAUUUGACCCUCGUGUGCCCCCAUAGUGACCUGGGGCGGGGUCACAACCCUCACGCUCCGUGGGAAAGUCCUCUGAUUGGCUCGUCAAGAAUGUUCACGUGCAGCCUGAGUGGCUUUGAAGCCUGCGCACAAACAAUCUGCGCACAGGCUGGCGAGCACGGCACCAGAAAGGUGCGCGUCCACGCGAGUGAGCCCAGAUGAGGUGACCCGUCUCGUUCGCCCCCUACCCCCACCCCCCUCGGCGCCGCUCAGCGUGGUGGGUUUCACCAGCAUGUGUUCCCGUGGGGGCGCCACGCUAAAGCUAAGCAGCUAACUGAAGCCGACCCCACCCCACAUCUCCCCACCCGACAUGCCGACAGACACGGCGCUGCCCCUGUACUUGUCCAAUGAGGACUUCGUCUACAGGAGCAGCGCCCCCCCCGCCUCCCGCUGCCACUCGGAGGCGGCGGCACGAGACGGGGGGAAGGUGAAGAAACAGGUGACCUUCGCUGACCACCGAGGUCUGCCGCUGACCAGGGUCAAAGUCUUCUCCCAGUUCAAGGACCCCAUCGACAUCCCUCUGGACAUCCGGCGAAUGGCGAGCACGGCGCCCGGCGCCAAAGACGACAAGUUGGUCCUGGACUUCGGCCAGCCGUCGGCGGACUACGUGCACUUCCGCCAGCGUCUGGAGAGGAACUGCGUGUGCCUGGAACACUGCGUGCUUAAGCACAAGGCCUUGGCGGGAACUGUCAAGGUCAAGAACCUGUCCUUUGAGAAGCGGGUCAAGCUCCGCGUCACCUUUGACUCCUGGAAGAGCCACUCGGAUGUGGACUGCACGUACGUGAAAGACUCAUACCCAGCGCGCUACGGCGACACCUUCUCCUUCCGGGUGAGUCUGCCGAAGCUCCUCCCCCCUCAGCAACACGUGGAGUUUGCCGUCUGUUACCAGGUGGGCGGAGCCGAGUACUGGGACAGCAACCACGGCCACAACUACCGCGUCCUGUGGGCGUCAGCCCGGCUGCACCGCGCCGACACACGACACUUUGACUCGGGGAUCCACUUGGACCGAUUCGGCAGUCCCACCUGCGGACGCGGUAUCUUCCCCGAGUGGCCAAGUUACGCCGGCUACGAGAACGUGGGGCCGUACUACUGAGACGCCUUUUGUAGAAAUGAUCCAAUACGUUGGCACUUGAAACGCUCUUAGGGUUCUUAAUGAAGACACACCGUUUUAAAGGACUCUUCCUGUGCCUUUUAUUCCCGUCAACAUUUCCACUGAAAGGCGUCCUUGCCAUUUCCUGCAUGUUCAUGUUUUUAUUCGUGCGCUCAAGUGAUUCCAACGUUCAGUCACAUCAAUUAGUUGCUCUAAUAUUUAUUCAAUCCUUCGUCUCGUGUUGGGGUCGGCACCGACCCGUUUUAAAUUUUAAAUGCAUAAAAGAAUCGCAGAAAAUGUGUUAAUUGCAUCACAGGUUUUUGACUUGGUUAGUAAAUUCUAUUUCAAUAUAAAACCCCCAAAAAUCUUUUCACAAAAUUGUAAAAUGCUCUGGUUGAAAUGAUGGCCAUUGUAUCGCCAGGGUCAGUUUGGAGCCGGUUAUAAUAAUAAUAAUAAUAAUAAUAAUAAUAAUAAUACGAUUAUGAAGCCGUGGUUGGAGCCAAAACUGAAAGGGCAAGUGCAGGACAGCCAGCUCCUCUUCUAACCAGGCAAGGUUUAGGGGACCCUCGUUGGGCGGGGUUUUCCAAUAUACCAGCAGAAAGACUAAAUCAAGACGUGAGGUGAAUUCACUCUUGAUUUCACAUUUUCAGUUGGCGUCAUGGAAAGAAAGAAGAAGUAGAGUGAGCUUCGUGUUUGUUUUGGAACUCGUCAUCUAUUUCUAUUGGUUUCAUUAGCUUGAUUGCUUGUUGUGUAUUUGGCCAGCAAAGCUAUAUUUUGUGUCAUGACCUGUUCUGCUUUUCCUUUUUUCAGUUUAUAUUAAAGUUGUGUGACCUUUUUUGCCUUUUCUUGACGUCAAUAUACAGCAUGUGGGUCGAACACCGGAGAUGUUACGUUCGUGAUAAUAAAAGUCAUUUCUUUACGAGAUGUCAUAGUCAGGUGACAAAGCAAGCUUUUAUUUAUUCAUAUGAUUCUAUUGAGGUUCAUUUGACCAUUUUUUCGCAUUGAAAUCAAGGCGUAUACUGACAAAAAAAGUAUUAAAACCAACAUUUUCGUGGGUGAGGAAGCCCAGCAAGGCAACCGAGAGUUGAGAAACA